AAAAAGGACAAAGGGGAAGACCAAAAACAGGAAAAAUAAAAAACCCAUUAAAUUAUUGUCUACAAGACAUCAGCUUCGGUUUCUCUCAUUGUCAUAUUUCCCUUACAGGCCGCCGUCUCUUCCUUCAAAUUUCUGUUUCUCACAAACUCUCUCUCUCUCUCUCGAUUUUUCAAUGGAAACCGGAUUCAAGUCACUAAUCUCCCGCAUGUUUCGAGCCUCAAUUAGCUCGUGCCGGCUCCGAAACAUAUCGGACGUGAUCGAAAAAGCCGUUUUUUCCCCACAAAACAACAAGAACUUCCACAUGGUUGAGCCUUUAUCUCCACAAGCUCGACCUUCUCCUUCAGUUUGCAAACCCAGAUGCCCAGAAGCCAGCAACAUGGUUGUUGAUCACAGCUGCUUUGAGUCUUUUGACGAUCUCCCCAGACGUAAAGUGUCAGAGCGAUGCUCUCCUUUUGUUGUAGCAGCCAGUAAUGGACGCAUGUCCCCUCCUGCCUCGCCCAUAUCGCCACUGAAUUCUCUUUAUUAUGAGUGUAAACAGUUUGGGUUCAAAGAGAAAAAGAAAGAGUCUUCGAAAAACAAGAAAAGGAAGAAGAAGAAAAGAAGCCAUGUUAAUUUAAGCUCAUCUUCUCAAGAUAGUUUUAGAAAUGGAAGUUGGUGGUUUAGCAGUGAUGAUGAAAGAGAAGAUGAUGAGACUGAGACCCUUUUCUCUUCAAGAACUCACUCUUCAGAAUCCUCUCAUGAGUCUCUCAAGCACCACCGUUCUCGCCUGAAAAAGCGAGGAACUCGCCGUCGAAGAGUCGCUUCUAAGAGUAAUGAUCAAAUAGGUAUUUUUCCACUAUCAGAAGGAAAAAUGAAAGAUAGUUUUGCCAUGGUGAAGAGUUCAAGUGAUCCGUAUAACGACUUCAGGACAUCAAUGGUGGAAAUGAUCGUCGAAAAGCAGAUAUUUGCAGCUAAGGACCUUGAGCAACUCUUGCAGUGUUUUCUUUCUCUCAACUCGUAUCAUCACCAUAGGAUUAUUCUGGAGGCCUUUUCAGAGAUUUCGGAAGCUUUGUUCUCUCUCUAACUUGUCUUCUUGAAGAAAACAAAUACUGUUUUCUUCCAGUUUUUGUUUACAAAUUCAAUUACAUUAGACUUAUCUUUAAAUUUCA